UAUAAGUUCUUCUCGAAGGUCAUUACGAAUCGUCUCACUCGCAGGCUCGACGACUUCCAACCUUCCGAACAAGCUGGAUUCCGAAAAGGCUAUAGUACCGUGUACCAUAUUCAUACGCUGCGGCAAGUUAUACAGAAGUCCAAAGAGUAUAACCGGCCACGACUACGAGAAAACCUUUGAUUCGAUCGAGACAUGAGCGGUGAUGCAGUCUCUCCAAAGGUGCCAAGUGCCAAGUGGACUACAGGUUGCCAGUGAUGACUUACGGAAGCGAAACGUGGUCGUUCACUAUGGGUUUAAUAAGAAGGCUCAAGGUCACCCAGUGGGCAAUGGAGAGAGCAAUGCUUGGUAUCUCUCUACGUGAUCAAAUUAGGAAUCAGGAAAUCUGUAGGAGAACUAACGUUACUGACAUUGCUCAAAGAAUAGCUCAGCUAAAGUGGCAGUGGGCGGGACACAGCUAGAAGAACUGAUGGCCGUUAAGACGGAAGAGUUCUCGAAUAGUGACUACAUACCGGACGACGUUCAGUGGGUAGGCCUCCCACCAGGUGGACCGACAAUCUUAUAAAGGUUGCGGGAAGUUGUUGGAUGCGGGCUGCGUAGGACCGAUCGUCGUGGAAAUCUAUGGGGGAGCCCUAUGCUCAGCUGUGGGCGUUUUACGGCUGAUGAUGAUGAUGAUCUUGAAGUAUCUAUUGAUCAUGCUCCAUAAACAGCAACAUGCAGUAUCUGUUGUUUUUUUCUAUUAAAUGGUUAUUAAUAAUUUUACAUUUUCGAAGUACACCCGAAUACUUUCUAUAUAUUUUUGUGAAGACUUGUUUUUAGAAUUAAGUAAAUAAUUUACGUAUAGUUGUCGUUUACGUAUACAACACUUUUUACCCCUUUUGUACGCCAUUUAUUUUUUAUUUUCUUAUUUUUUACUUUAACAUAAGUAUUAAAGAACCAUCAUGAAGCAAGUUGAAUACUUUUUAGGGUGUUAGUUUCUUUAAGAAUUUCGUUAUAUGAAAGUGAUGAAAGGCAGUCCUUCAACUUUUUUAUAUUUUCAUCGCUUAUGUAUACGAAACAAAAAUUGGGCUCCAUACUUUAACCUUGUUUUAUCUAAGAGAUGGUAAGGAAAUAAUCUGACCGGUUUCUUCGGAUCUGAUCAGAUAGAGCCACAAAUUGAAAAUGAGCUUUAACAUCCUUUAUGUUUGAGCAAAUAAAGUCUAAACAAGCUUCACCUAGUUGGUUUUAGGAUAUGGUUGGUCAAGUUGUAUUUAGAUAAUAAGCCAAAUAACUCUUCCGAUAUAUUAUUUCUAGUCAAGACAUUAAUAUUGCAUUGAUUAAUGUCUAAUUAAUGAUCUAAUUAAUAAUGGCGGCGAUAAAAUAAAGAUAUCAGUUCCACUUACUAUAUUUGCAUAUAAUAAUACAUAAUUGAAUACUAGACAAUAUCUUGUACAUUAGAGUAGCUAAAGCCCCUGUAUUAUGGAAUAUCUGAGACAGCGGAGGUACCACAACACUACAACACCUGAAACUAUUACUUACGAAAUAAGGAUAAGCAGUUUCACACCUUAUCAGUAUAAUCACCUAUAAUAACUCUGAAUAACCAGAAACAGUAUUUAUUCCCUAAUUUAUAUGAGCGACAUCGAUUUUGUAGCAAACAUAGUUCAGCAAGGUAAUAUGUAACUGUCAUUUUAAUAAAUAAGUAAAUUUUUAUUAUUGCUGAAAAAUGUGAAGAUCUUGAGAUGUAUUAAAAUAUUAGAUUAUUAAUCACUUAACGUUCAAAUCGCGAUCAGUCAUCCCUUAGAAACGUAUGAUGUUUCUAAGUACACGCUCGCAGAUAUCACACAAACUUAUCGAGCGAUAUAUAAGUUAUAGACUAUUCAAUAGGGUAGUUUCGGUAGUGACAAAUUCACGAAAUUGCAUAAAAACUAAAAUUUACGUCGUAAUAAAUAUAGAGAUUCUGAUUUUCAGUCUUAAAAUCGCAAAAUUAUCUUGAAAUUGAAAGUCGAGAUUUUUUGUCUGUGUGCCACGUGGCUUGAAACACGACCCGCCAUUGUGUGACGCCACUGCGACAGCUGUCAGAUAAGUCAUGAAGAUAGGCCUAUUAAUUAUAAAUCGAAUUCCUAGAUGGCGCUGUUCUUAGCUUAUUUAUAUCUAUUUAUUUAGAAAUCGAUCAUGCAUGAACCAUGCAAUUUAUUGCAUGGAUCUUGUUUCAUUGACAACUUUGAUCUUCUACUAUAUGCAUCUGCUUUGUGCAUAGAGUUAAGAUUUUGUGCAUAUAUCACAAUGACGUCAUGAAUAUGGCGGCAACGUUUUCGCGGGUAUAAAAAAAUAUUUUUGAUUUAUUUCACGGAAAUAUUUGUUUUAUUAUGAUGAUUUGAUUUCAGACAUAUUAGAAUACAUUAUUGUACUAUUUUUUAAAUAGACCGUCAUCUAUAUUUCGUACUAAGUACUAAAUACCACAUAUAACGUACACAAUCAUUGAUGUUGCCAACAAAAACAAAUAACGUUUUUCCCACACUGUCACCGGAGGUCCCUUUAGUAACCAAGACGUAAAUCGACAAAUACAUUUUGGUUACUUUUGUGACCAUGUACACGAAAAUCUGUAGUUUUUAUUGUAGUGAAGUAGUUAUUGAGUCUCCAUUCUUAUAAAAUUAUUUCUCAAUGCUAAAGUUAAAUCAAUAUUAUAUGCUUCAGGUUCAAAGACUUCGCCCUCCUGGUAUGCCCGAAUGUUUUCCGGGUCCAAUGCCGUUUCUUAGGCCGGGACUGCCGGGACCACAGUUGAUACCGCCACCCCCUCCCAAACCGCAGCCUGUAGUCUUGUCUGCUGCACCCAAAUUAUACAAACAGCCUAAGGAAGAUGAGGACAAAAAAGAAAAACAUGAAAGUAGGAAACGGAAACGUUCCCCACCCGCGGCGGCGGCGCGCGUGGAGCCGCAGCCGGAGCCCGCGCCGAUGCCGGCGCCCCCGCCCCCGCCCAUCAUCACGCCAGAACCGCCCGCCGCCAAACCCAAGAAGGAGAAGAAAAACAGAAAGGUGGUCCGCACAGCGGGCGGGCAGGUGUGGGAGGACGUGACGUUACUGGACUGGCCCGACGACGACUUUCGUAUGUUCUGCGGAGACCUCGGCAACGACGUCACCGAUGAACUGCUCACGCGGACAUUCAGCAAAUACACAUCCUUCCAAAGGGCCAAAGUGAUAAGGGACAAACGGACUAACAAGAGCAAAGGGUUCGGCUUCGUUAGCUUCAAGGACCCCGGUGAUUUCAUCAAAGCAAUGAAAGAAAUGGACGGUCGCUACGUUGGAAGUCGUCCUAUCAAACUACGUAAAAGCACGUGGAAAAAUCGAGCUUUAGAUGUUGUAAGGAAGAAGGAGAAAGAGAAAGCAGCCCUACUCUCUCUAUUGAUGUCUAAUAAUAAAAGCUGAUAGAAUUAAAUGUAUUUAGAAUAAUUAUUAACAUUAUAAUGUAUUUGAAUAGG